AUGGAUUCCGCUCAACGAGUGCAGACAGACGAGGACGAACGCCGGCCGUUGUUAGAUGGUCGCGGUCGGGCGGAAGGGUUCAAGUCUGCUGCUGCUGCUGCUGCUGGAGAACCGGCAAAGACGACUUGGGCAGGCCGGAAUCAGUGGAUUGUGCUUGCUAUGGCUAGUGGAGCGUGUGCUGCGUUCAAUGGAGCUUUUGCGAAGCUGACAACGACGGAACUCACUUCGAACUUCUCUCAGGCUAUUGCUAGGCUGCUGCAUCUUUCCGAGGAAGAGAAGGUGAUUGAGGUUGUUGUGAGAGGUGUCUUCUUUGGACUCAAUCUCCUCUUUAAUGGUGUCAUGUGGACGCUCUUUACCAAAGCCCUCAAGUGUGGUCUUUCCACUACGCAGGUCUCCAUCAUGAACACGUCAUCUAACUUUGUCAUCACCGCCAUGCUCGGUUUUGUCAUCUUUUCUGAGGCGUUACCACCUAUGUGGUGGGUGGGCGCUGCUAUGCUGGUUGCGGGGAACGUAAUAAUCGGACGGAAAGACGAGGGCGAAGGUCAAGGGAGUAGUGACACAAAACAGGAUGGAGAUGGACAUAGUACUGGCAAUGGUAUUGGCAACAAUGAUGCUGCUUCCGUCGGUGGAUCGACGGAAGGUUUGGCUGAGGGUGGGCUGGGGACAUACAGGCGUGCUGUCCAGGCUGAAGGGUCGGGGAGUCGUGGAAGACAAGGCGAUGGAACACCGGCGGUGGAUGAUGCGGAAAAGGAGGACAGUGAUGAGGAUAAUUGUUACUUUCUGGCAGAUCUCCUCAGCAGAUAUCGAUUUGGAUUUAUCUUGUGUCAAUGGAAUGCUCUUCAAUUUUGCUAUGUUGAGUGGUAUGGUGCUUCUUGUGUGAUGCCUCUCCCUUCCAGGGAAACCAACAACGCCAGACCAGUCAUGCCUUUCGAAAUACCAGGUCUGAACCCGGCGGCCGUCGCCGAGGUUGCUCGCUAUGCCGUGGAACUGUGGCACGAACACCGGAUCCCAAUCCUACUUUCGGCCGUUUUUCUAUUGGGUCUACUGAGAGCCUACCUCCAUCUACAUUCGGAACCGAGACAAGAGCUACUCGUCCUGCCCAAGAUCUACGAAACCAACGAGAAAACGAAGGAAACUGCGCCUGUUGAGACGGAAGUCGAGGACAAGAAGACUGGCGCGGCAACCACAAAGAAGGCGAAGACUGCCAAUGGUGGUCCAAAGAGAAUAAAGGGCGACAAGGUCCGCACGAAGAAGGGAACCAAUGGCAACGACAGCGGUAGCGGAAGCGAAGGGCCGCGGAAGAUUCAGGUCCUCGUCUUUUACUCGUCACUCACAGGCAAUACGGAACGGUACACCAAGGAUUUUGCAAAGGAGCUCGGAGACUUGCUCGUUGGUCAAUCGGACGCCGAAAGCAAAGCCGAGAGCAACUUUUUGGCCCCCCAGGUCCUCGACCUUGCCGAGAUCGACUUUGACGAAUAUUUCCUUUCACCUAUGAAAGGUCCCGUGGACUAUUUUUACUGCUUGAUCAUUCCCAGUUACAAUAUUGACUCCAUCAACGACACCUUCCUUGCGCAUCUGGACGAGACACAUAACGAUUUUCGCAUCGAUACAUCCCCAUUGGCGCCGCUUAUUGGAUACUCAGUGUUUGGGUAUGGCGAUAGAGAUGGAUGGCCUACGGAGGAGGAGGGCUACUGCGUGCAGGCUAAGCAGGUGGACAGGUGGAUGGCCAAGCUUACAGGGCGUAAGCGCGCAUUCCCACUCGGCAUGGGCGACUACAAGCGAGAUGGUAAGGAGAGACUGUCUGAAUGGCAAAACGGAAUCGUGGACGUUCUCAAAAUGAUCGAGCAGACUGGAAGUCUUGGAGAGGGCGUUCCCGGUUCUGGCGACCCCUUCGAAAGCGACGAAGAAGAUAUCGCGGAGGAUGACGGUGAGGUUGUGUACGAGGAGUCCGAGUCCAAGAAGACCCUCGAAGAUGUCGAGGAUUUGGGACGCAUCAUCAAACAAUCACAGGGAGAUGGUCAAGCCGCGCCGAUUGCGAUCGACUUUACCGACUUUGGAAAGACCGGAAAGACCGUUCACGCAAGGAAGUCAGCGACUGUUACCGUGAAGGAGAUGGUCCCGAAAAACUCACCAACCUAUACAUCCUUGACUAAGCAAGGUUAUAGUAUUGUCGGCUCUCACAGCGGGGUGAAGUAUUCUUUCUACAACAUUGUUUCUUAUAGAUGCAUGGAAAUGACGCCCUCGCUCUCCUGCUCCAACAAGUGCGUCUUCUGCUGGCGUCACGGCACCAACCCAGUCGGCACCUCCUGGCGCUGGGUCGUCGACCCUCCAGACCUCAUAUUCAACGGCAUCAAGGAGAAUCACUACAAGAAAAUCAAGAUGAUGCGUGGCGUACCAGGCGUCAUCUCUUCGAGAUUUACAGAAGCUUUGCGUAUCCGGCACUGCGCCCUUUCGCUGGUUGGCGAGCCCAUCUUCUACCCGUACAUCAACGAACUUUUGGGCAUGCUGCACAAGGAGCGCAUCUCCUCCUUUCUGGUCUGCAACGCCCAGCACCCGGACCAGCUCGCCGCUUUGCAGCACGUCACGCAGCUGUACGUCAGCAUCGACGCCUCCAACAAGGAAAGUCUCCGCCGCAUUGACCGCCCGCUGCACCGUGACUUCUGGGAGCGCUUCCAGCGCUGCCUCGACAUCCUGCGCGAGCGCCGGUUCCGUCAGCGUACCGUCUUCCGCCUGACGCUGGUCAAGGACUUCAACAUUGAGGACGAGAUCGAGGGGUACGCGGACCUGGUCGAGCGGGCCCUUCCUUGCUUUAUCGAGCUAAAAGGCGUGACUUAUUGCGGUACCUCCACUGCCGGCGCUGCCGGGCUCACAAUGGCCAACGUCCCCUUUUACCAGGAGGUGUGCGACUUUGUAGUUAAGUUGAACGACGCGCUGAACAAGCGCGGGUUGGGGUACGGGAUAGCAGCCGAACACGCGCACAGUUGCUGUGUUUUGCUGGCUAGCGACCGGUUCAAGGUUGACGGAAAGUACCAUACUCUUAUUGAUUACGAGAAAUUCUUCGAUCUCUUGGAGGAAAGGGGCCCAGAUGGCGAUUUUGGCCCGGCGGACUACAUGGGAGCUGCGACGCCCGAGUGGGCGACCUGGGGCAAUGGCGGGUUUGAUCCCAGAGAUCAGAGGGUGGAUAGGAAGGGUCGACCGAUUGAGAGACCAUAG